GGGCGGGAGGGGGGAGGCAGGCGGGCGGGCGGCGGGCGCAUGCGCUCUGGCGGGCCGUGCCAUAUUGGAAUGAGGCAGUGAGCGGAGCGCCGGGGAGCCCGAGCCCCGGCAGCGGCGCAGGGCUGGAAAAACUCCCCGCAGGUGUUUUCCAGGAUCCCUUCUUGAAUGUCCCGGCUGCUGUGGAAGGCGGGAGGCGACUCAUGACCACCGAACAGUGACAGCCCCGGCCUGCCCUGCUUCUGGCUGCUGGGAACAGCCACUGGGCUCCUGUGGAGAUGAAUGGAGAACAGCAGUAUGAUGCAGAUGCUGGUUCAAGUGUGGAAGAAGUGGAAUUCAACUGGGAUGAGUAUCUAGAAGACACAGGAUCAACUGCAGCCCCCCAUGGAUCUUUUAAACAUGUGGAUACAAGUUUGCAGAAUGGUUUUGCCCCUGGCAUGAAGCUGGAAGUCGCUGUCAAGUCUGACCAGAACACCUACUGGGUUGCCACCAUCAUCACCACGUGCGGGCAGCUGCUGCUGCUGCGCUACGACGGCUACGGCGAGGACCGCAAGGCCGACUUCUGGUGUGACAUCCUGACUGCUGACCUGCACCCCAUCGGCUGGUGUCAGCAGAACAAGAAGAUUCUCAAAGUGCCUGAAGGUAUCAAGGACAAGAUACCUGACCAGGAGGAGUUCCUUCAGCGGGUGCUCAAGGGGGCCUGCAGUGCUCCUGCUAACCUGCUGGAGGGGCUUCACAGAGGGAAAAAUCCAUUGGAUCUCAUCGCACCCGGCUCCCGACUGGAGCUGCAAAACAUCCGGGAUUCCCUGGAAGCCUGGAUCGUCAUCGUGGUAGAAAAUGUUGGUGGGAGGCUCAAGUUGCGAUAUGAGGGCCUGGAGGAUUUGGACAAAUUUGACCAGUGGCUCUUCUAUUUGGACCCUUUCCUUCACCAAGUGGGUUGGGCAGCUCAGCAUGGAUACAGCCUGCAACCACCUUUAGCCAUUAGGUCCUUGAGGAGUGAAGCAGAUUGGCAAGAGAUCCUGAAGAAGGUGAAAGAGGAGGAGGAGGAGUCCUCUGUUCCUACAGAUCUUUUUAAGGAUAAACCUGUGAUCGGAGUGCACUCGUUCUCUGAAGGCAUGAAGCUGGAAGCUGUGGACCCAAUGGCUCCCUUUGUUAUCUCUCCUGCUACAGUUCUCAAGGUGUACAAUGACAAAUAUUUCAUGAUAGAAAUUGAUGACUUGAGAGCCGAGCGCGCGAGCAGCCAGCGCUACGUUUGUCACGUCAACAGCGCCGGCAUCUUCCCGGUGCAGUGGAGCCUGAAGAACGGGCUGCACCUCAGCCCCCCGCCAGGUUACCCUGGGCAGGACUUCGACUGGGCUGACUACCUCAAACAGUGCGGUGCCGAGGCAGCUCCCCAGAGCUGCUUCCCUUUGUUAUCUUCUGACCAUGGAUUCAAAGAGAACAUGAAACUGGAGGCUGUGAACCCAGUUGAUCCUGAAGAAGUUUGCAUUGCUACGGUCACCAAGUUAAGGGAUUCAUACCUCUGGCUUCAGCUGGAGGGCUCCAAGAAACCCGUUCCUGAGUGUAUAGUGAGUGUGGAAUCAAUGAAUAUAUUUCCAGUGGGUUGGUGUGAGACGAAUGGAUAUCAGCUCAGGCCUCCUCGCAAAGCAAUAGUAAACAAGCAGAAAAAAAUUGCAGUAGUUCAACCAGAGAAACAAAUUUUAUCUUCAAGGACAGUUCAUGAUGGACUAAAGAACCAGGAACUGAACUCUUCUGACUCAGUGGUAAUCAAUGGCAAGUACUGCUGCCCAAAGAUCUACUUCAACCACCGGUGCUUCUCGGGGCCUUACCUGAACAAAGGCAGGAUUGCAGAGCUUCCCCAGUCCGUGGGACCUGGGAACUGUGUUCUGGUGCUGAAGGAGGUUCUCACUUUAUUGAUCAACGCCGCCUACAAACCCAGCCGCGUCCUGCGAGAGCUGCAGCUGGAUGAAGAGGCUGCCUGGCAUGGCCAUGGAGAGACCCUAAAAGCCAAAUACAAAGGUAAGAGCUACCGUGCGACCGUGGAGGUUGUGAGGACGGCAGAUCGGGUGGCAGAUUUCUGCAGGAAAACCUGCAUCAAGCUGGAAUGUUGUCCAAACCUCUUUGGCCCUCAGAUGGUGCUGGAUAAGUGUUCAGAGAACUGCUCUGUCCUGACAAAGACAAAAUACACACACUAUUAUGGAAAGCGGAAAAACAAGCGGAUAGGUCGGCCCCCGGGUGGCCACAGCAACCUGGAAGUAGCCAUGAAGAAACCAAAUAAAAGACGGAAGAGACGAAAACAUUUCUUUGUUCAUAAGAAAAAACGUUCUUCUACGUCCGUGGAUAACACUCCAGCUGGAUCUCCCCAGGGCAGUGGGGCAGAAGAGGAGGAUGACCAGGAUGAGGUGGAUGAAGAGUCUCUGACUGAGGACAGCACCUCGGAGCACCAAGACGAGCUGCUUGAAGAAUCAGAGGUGUCAGAGAAGAAAUCCCUAUCAUCAUCUCCCACCCAGAGUGAACUGUCUCAUUCCCUGGCUCAGGACCGAGACAAGCGGAAGAGGAAGCUCAGGACCUUCUCCUUUUCUGAUGAUGAAAAUAAACCUCCUUCGCCAAAGGACAUAAAGAUGGAAGUUGCUGAAAAGCUGCAGCUGGACAGUAACCCUCUGGAAUGGAGCGUGGCUGAUGUGGUACGAUUCCUCAAAUCCACCGACUGUGCUCCGCUGGCAAGGAUUUUCCUUGAUCAGGAAAUCGAUGGCCAGGCACUGCUGCUGCUGACCCUGCCCACUGUUCAGGAGUGCAUGGACUUGAAGCUUGGACCAGCUAUUAAACUCUGCCAUCACAUUGAGAGGGUCAAACUUGCCUUCUACCAGCAGUUUGCAAACUGAGGAGCAGCCAAGUUGAAGUGGACCUUUGAAGCACAACUACAAAAACAUGCUCCUUCCUCUCUAGCAAGUAAAGCCAAAUGAACUUAAAAUGAGGCCCUGGUGACCUAAAAGUGUGUGUCAGCCUCAAUUUUUUCUAUUUCAACAGAAGGAAGACAACAUCUAGAGCAAAAUGCCAAUGCAAACACAGGGGCUACUCUACCAGCUGCCAGCUCGGGAACACAAUAGUCUCUUGCUCUAUGGUUCCCUUUUUUUAAUGUAUUUUUUAAUGAUGACAGAAAAGCCUCCUCUUGUGGGAAAUGACAUUUCAAUAGUUCUGUUGGCACGGAACUUUAAAAGGAGAAACAGAUCCUGUUUACGUUCGCAUGUAGGCUGCCAGAAAUAACCUUUCUGUUCCUGAUGUUUCACAGAAUCCCCUGCCCUCCCUGUGGAUGAACACUUGCUUUACCACAGCACUGACUUUGGAAUGUGUUCUUUGCACAUUCGUGUGUUAAUGUUGAGAUUUUUAAUGAAUUUGUUCAUUGUUAGGACAACAAUGUGGCCACAGGGUUCUGAAUGUACAGUAUAGCAAGAGUGUGGUUCCUUUUGAAGGUUUUUUUUGUUUGUUUGUUUGUUUGGUUUGGUUUGUUUCACUGUUGUUGGUUUUGCUUUUGUUUUUACUACCUCUGUAGCCUGAACAGU